AAACUAGCAGGUGCCGGAAGAGGUUGUGUUAGCCAAAUAUACUAGAUUAAAUAGCAAAAUGUCCGACGUCGACGAGAUCGUAAACCCCAAUGAGCAUCUAAUCAUUCCCGAUUGGAUCAAUGAAAAGUACUUCGAAGGCGUUCUGGCCAAGGACGAACCCGAUCAUGCCAAAGUAUUGAAAUUCACCGUAGUGGCGGCCAUUCCUCCCGGUGAGAACUUCACCUCGACCAUGCUGAGGGUCUAUAUUAAGUUGGAAAUGAAAGAUGGUAGUGUCAAAACGAAAACGUAUAUUUUCAAGACGAUGCUGCCCGAGGAGCGGGGAGGCAGUGAUAUCACCGAGUUCGGACUCUUUCCCAAGGAGGCCAAGAUGUAUGAGACCUACAUUCCUGCCUUUGAGGAACUCUACAAGAAGGCGGGCUGGGACCUUCAAUUGGCGCCCAAGUGCCUGCACACCGAGGAGCGUGAGGGCGACAUUCACUUCAUUUUCGAGGAUCUGUGUGUAAAGCGAUUCAAGAACAUGGAUCGCACCAAGGGUCUGGACAUGGAGCACAUGACCAAGUCCCUCCACAAGUUGGCCGAAUACCAUGCGGCCAGUGCGGUGUACGAGGAGCUGCAUGGUCCCUAUCCCAGUGACUUCAAUGAGGGAUUCGUUAAGCGGGAUGUGAAAAAAUUCCACAUUGAUGGGUUCAAGCUGAAGGAGAAGGCUUACAAGAUGGCAAUGCUCACUUGGGGCAUGAAAGAUGCUGAGAAAUAUGUCAAGGACUUUCCCACUGCCGAGCAAUAUUGGGCCCAAUGCCUUAGCACUUUGGAUCAGGAUCCCGAAGAGUUCAAAGUUCUUAAUCACGGCGACUUUUGGUCUAGCAAUCUGAUGAGCAGCUAUCUGCCCGACGGAAGUCUCGAUAAGCUCAUACUGAUCGACUUCCAGAUCACCACAUGGGGCAGUCCAGCGGUGGACCUGCUCUUCUUCCUCACCCUCUCCCCAGCCACGGAAUUGCGUAUCAAGGAGUUCGAUCACUUUGUGAGAAUUUACUGGGAACGCCUGAUCGAGUGCUUAAAGGUUUUGAAACUGAAGAAGCCGCUGCCAAAACUACGCGAUCUGCAAAGCUCCAUGAACAACAAGCACCAUUCGUUUUAUGCUUUCUUUAGUUUGACAAAUCACCUGCCCAUUAUCCUGUUCCCCACCGAUAAGGACAGCAAUCUGCACAACAUGACCGCUGAAACGGAGGAAGGAGAGAAUCUCCGAAUGCGUUUGCUCUCCAAUCCCGCCUUCGGAAAUGUUAUGAAGGAGCUCUAUCCCUUUUUGUAUAACCGCGGAAUUCUAAACUUUGAAGACUACGAUGAGUGAUUUUGUUGACAGGCAAUAAACGAUAGAUAGGUAUUA